ACUAGCUGACGGAAAGAUCCAGCUAAGAGAAUUCGUGGCCGCAAUCGCAUUUGCUGCUCUUGAAAGAGGAAAGCGCAAAGUAGAAAGUGUCCCCAAAUGACGUCACGCGUAGUCGCUGUUUUUUUUUCCUUUUUCCAGUUUGUUGUUGUUGUCGUAUUUCCUUGCAGGGCUGUGUUGGAAGUGCAACGAGUGUCCGGACAAUGGCUGAGCUGGCACGACGCCGACAGUUCUCGUCGACUGAGGAGCAGCCGCCUGGCGAGCGAGAGGGUGCGUGACGCACGUAUCUGCACGAUUUCUUGCAGGACUGGAUAAAGGUGGGGGAUUCGAGUUGGACUUGAGAAAGACGUGGGAGUGGGAAGACGCAAGUCGUUACUCGUCAUACAAGACGUUGUGAAUUGUGAGCAUGUCGAUCGCAGGGAGCGCCAAGCUGAACAAGAUCGUCAAGCAGCGGUACCUGGACCUCCCCCAGGGAGACAAGGUCCAGGCCACGUACAUCUGGAUCGACGGCUCCGGAGAAAGCUUACGCUGCAAGACCAGGACCCUGGACUCGGAACCCAAAAGCGUCCAAGAUAUUCCUGAGUGGAACUUCGACGGCUCGAGCACGUACCAGUCUGAAGGCUCCAACGGUGACAUGUUCCUUAUCCCUGCCGCCAUGUUCCGGGACCCCUUCAGGAAGGACCCCAACAAGCUGGUCCUGUGCGAGGUGCUCAAGUACACCAAACAACCCGCAGAGACCAACCUUCGAGACAGGUGUCGUCGCAUCAUGAGUUUGGUGGAGAACGAGCAUCCCUGGUUUGGGAUGGAGCAGGAGUACACGCUGCUGGGCACCGACAGACACCCUUUUGGAUGGCCCUGCAACGGCUUCCCGGGACCCCAAGGUCCCUACUACUGCGGCGUGGGCGCCGACAAGGUAUACGGACGAGACGUGGUGGAGGCUCACUACCGAGCCUGCUUGUACGCCGGUGUGCAGAUCUGUGGCACCAAUGCCGAGGUCAUGCCAGCGCAGUGGGAGUUCCAGGUGGGGCCAUGCGAGGGCAUCGCCAUGGGCGACCAUUUGUGGGUGGCUCGUUUCAUCCUGCACCGAGUGUGUGAAGACUUUGGCUUGGUUGCGUCUUUUGACCCGAAGCCCAUCUCGGGAAACUGGAACGGAGCAGGAUGCCACACCAAUUUUAGCACCCAGGACAUGAGGCAGGAGGGAGGACUCAAGGUGAUAGAGGCGGCCAUCGAGCGUUUGGCCAAGCGUCAUCACUACCACAUCCGCGCCUACGACCCCAAAGGCGGACUGGACAAUGCCCGGCGUUUGACUGGUCAUCACGAGACCUCCAACAUUGACCAGUUCUCUGCCGGUGUGGCCAACCGCAGUGCCAGCAUCCGAAUCCCGCGAGUGGUUGGCGAGGACAAACAGGGCUACUUCGAGGACCGCCGCCCUUCCGCCAACUGUGAUCCGUACAUCGUCACAGAAGCCCUGAUACGAACCUGCCUGUUGAAGGAGGAAGGGGAGGAGCCUGCAGAUUACAGCCAAUGACGUGACGCUCUUGCCAGACAUGUGACCCAUGUGAUUUGAUAUUUUUUACCUUUUUACUUUUUUACCUUUUUACUUCCAUCCUCUUUGACAUUUUUACUGGCUUCUGCUCUCUAAUAAACUUGACAUCUCCACUUGGAUGCCUGUGUUGAUUGACAGGUCUCACAUGAUUGGUUACCUAGACUAGCAAUGUAUA